AUGCCUGAGAACACUUCCGGCAGCAAUUACACCUACAAGUCUUCUGGCACCAACAGCCAGGGAAACCACUAUUGUGCCCGUGACUAUGGCUCGUCAGCUGCCAACUCCAAUGCUUACCAUUACUCCAACAGCGACGGGUCGUACUACUACAGCAAUGCAAAUGGAAGCACCUAUUACAACAAUGGCCAGGGAAGUUCCACUUACAACCCACCAAGUGGAAAGAAAUAG